GAGUACUUUCUGGUCUCUGUGCAAAAAUAUCUUCUUCCGCUUUUCAUUCUCCCCAGUCCACUCCUCAGAAAGCAACACAGCCCUGUAAUGGAGAAGGGGAAGCUGGUUAACAAGUCUAGGUUCAAGACCGUCUGUGUUUUCUGUGGAAGCAGCACUGGCAAGAGAACUUGCUACAGAGAUGCCGCCGUUGAACUCGGCCAAGAACUGGUUUCCAGGGGGUUGGACCUCGUCUAUGGAGGGGGAAGCAUUGGCUUGAUGGGUUUGGUUUCCAAAGCUGUUCACCUCGGUGGAGGACACGUUCUUGGAAUCAUACCCAGAACUCUGAUGAGCAAAGAGUUGACAGGUGAAACGGUUGGUGAGGUCAAGGCUGUGGCGGAUAUGCAUGAGAGGAAAGCCGAGAUGGCCCGCCACUCCGACUGCUUCAUUGCCCUACCAGGUCCCAUAUCUCUCUCCCCAUUCUCUACUUCUAUACAUAUAUUUGGCCCCUCCUUUAGUACCCAUUUCUUCCUCAUACUUGAAGUUUUGGUCUCUCUCUCUCUCUCUAUCUCUCUCAUGACAGGUGGGUAUGGAACUCUGGAGGAGUUACUGGAAGUCAUAACUUGGGCUCAACUUGGCAUCCAUGACAAGCCAGUGGGUUUGCUGAAUGUGGAUGGGUACUAUAACUCCCUGUUAACUUUCAUUGACAAGGCAGUAGAUGAUGGCUUCAUCAAACCUUCUCAGCGUCACAUCUUUGUGUCUGCCCCAAAUCCCAAAGAACUUGUUCAGAAACUUGAGGAGUAUGUGCCUGUGCAUGAUGAAACCAUUGCUAAUCUGGACUGGGGAGGUGUGGUGGUGCAAGAGGUACCAAAGCCGACUGUGGGGUUCAGUGGUUUGCAGACUACUGAAAUCGCUCUGUAGAACUGAACUGAUGAUGACAUAACUGGUAUAUAUAAUAUGUAUCCACAUAUAGGUUGCAAUAGGGGGAGGGAUAUUGGACCGAGGAGUGCCAGGUACCCAGAAAGAU